GGAGGGGGGAGGAGAAGGCCCGUGUUUGCAGGUAGCCUCAGAGAAAUUAUAUUGUAGCUUAGUUUAUAAUAUGCGAUCUCUGUAAAAUUUCUGAAGUUGGAAAGGACAGUAUACGACUUUGUAUGAAGACAGCACAUAUACACGCACGCUGCUGAAGCGACCGGUCCAGGUCGCAUUCAUUGAAGGUCUGACUUGACCAUGUUUACUGAUCUGGACUAUGAGUUGGAGGAGGACAAACUUGGGAUCCCAACUGUUCCUGGAACAGUUACGUUACAGAAGGAUGGUCAAAACCUAAUUGGGAUAAGCAUUGGAGGGGGAGCACAGUACUGCCCCUGUCUUUACAUUGUACAGGUUUUUGACAAUACACCUGCCGCGAUCGAUGGGACCUUAGCUGCUGGUGAUGAGAUCACUGGUGUCAACGGUAAAACAGUGAAGGGGAAGACCAAAGUGGAGGUGGCGAAAAUGAUCCAGGCUGUGCAGGGUGAAGUCAUAAUUCACUAUAAUAAACUGCAAGCCGAUCCAAAGCAGGGGAAGUCUCUUGACAUCGUGUUGAAGAAGGUGAAGCACCGUCUUGUGGAGAACAUGAGUUCAGGAACAGCGGACGCCCUGGGCCUCAGCAGAGCCAUCCUGUGCAACGAUGGACUGGUGAAGAGACUGGAGGAGCUUGAAAAAACUGCUGAGCUCUACAAAGGACUGAUGGAACACACCAAGAGACUACUCAGAGCCUUCUUUGAGCUCUCUCAGACACACAGAGCGUUCGGGGAUGUCUUCUCUGUGAUCGGAGUGAGGGAGCCCCAAGCUGCUGCCAGUGAGGCGUUCGUUAAGUUUGCUGAGGCACACCGGAACAUCGAGAAAUACGGCAUCCAGCUGCUAAAGACCAUCAAACCGAUGCUGCAUGAUCUGAACACCUACCUGCAUAAGGCCAUCCCUGACACCAAGCUGACCAUUCGCAAAUACCUGGACGUCAAGUUUGAAUACCUGUCAUAUUGCCUGAAAGUGAAGGAAAUGGACGACGAGGAGUACAGCUGUAUUGCCCUGGGGGAGCCCCUGUACAGAGUGAGCACAGGGAACUAUGAGUACCGGCUGGUCCUGCGCUGCCGACAGGAGGCACGAGCACGCUUUGCCAAGAUGAGGAAGGACGUGCUGGAGAAGAUAGAGCUGCUAGACCAGAAACAUGUCCAAGACAUUGUGUUCCAGCUUCAGCGCUUUGUGUCGGGCAUGUCGCGCUACUAUGACGAGUGCUACGCUGUUCUGAAGGAGGCCGACGUCUUCCCCAUCGAGGUGGACUUGUCACGCACCAUGAUCAACUAUGGCAGCCAGACGCAGGCCUACACAGAUGAGGACGAGGAGGAGGAAGAGGAGGAGGCAGCCACAGACAAGAACAACGCCUCGCAAACAGAGAACGGGGCAGAGAAGCUGAUAGACGAUGAAUGAAUAAAGGAAGGAUGGAUGGAUGGAUGGAUCAAUUAAUGGAAGUAUGGAUGAAUGGAUGCAAAGAAAAUGAAGGAAUGAAUGAGAGUUCAUUUGGUUACAUACAAAGGUAUCAACCAUCGCCCACACCUCAUUCCCAACUUCUGUUCUUCACCUUGUGUUUUUUGUCUAGCAUAUUUAUCAUCAUCAAUCAUGAUUUUGAAGUUUUAAAUUAUGGCAUUCCAUUAAGGUUUACAUAGACCUGGUGUGAUUAACAUUUGAUGUUGGACCUUGGCUCCUAUUUCCAGAUCCAGCUCAGACAAUAGUAUCAUCGAUCUUCAUCUUCAGCCAUUUUCACGUUGCCGGAAUUCUUCAAUUCGGCAAUCGUAUUUCUUUUUAAGGUAAAUUCCUUAAAAACAUCUUGAUUUCCAAACGUUUUUUCAGUUAUGUAAGUCUUUUCUUUCUCUCCUCAACCAUCUGUCAUCUUGCACUCAGGUGCUUGGCAGCGCCUGCAAUCUCUAAACAUACCACUAGGUGUCCUCAGUGGUACACCAAACACAGAGCCUUUAUAUACGGUUCUGACCAAACACUACUGGCCUUUUAUUACACUGAACUCCAAAUGAGCAGACGGUUGCCUCCAUCAGAUGGUAUUGGGGUGCCUUUUGCACCACUCCCUCUAAACACUUGUGAUAUAGAUUGUGUAAAUCAAAAAGGUGUUCAAAAAUACAUACUGUAUGUGUUAUUAAUUUUAUUAUAUAUAAUAAUAUAUAAUAUUUAUUAUGUUUAAAAACAAGACUUCAGCUUUCUCUUUCCUUGGAGGUACGGUCUCAUCCCCUGUCAGAUCAUAUCAUAUUAUCAUAUCUGAUCAUAUUAACUACUUUUCCCCCCUGAUGCUGAAGCAUCAAGUUUUUGGAUCAAGCUAAAGGCAUGGUCAGAUAUCUACAUAAUGCUUAUGCUAUCCCAGUGGUACUGUUGGGGGAGGCCACAACUGCAGCCGUCAAAAAAACAUUACAAUACCAAAAAAUUGUUACAGCAGAAUUUUCCAAAGUCCAUGAAAUAUUUAAAUCACAUUUCUGAUUGUUCUGACCACCAGCUAAGACUUAUAUGGAGCAAGCUUACAGUGAGGGUUUUUUGUUGUUGUUCUUAUACAUCAUAUUUUAGUUAAAGUCUCAUCUGUGCCUGAAAAAAAAAGGGGGGGGGGGGGGGCGCAACACUGGGAUGUAGAAAUUGUUAUUUUCAAAAUGAUGCCAAAUGAAUGGCAUCGUUUCCACAAGUGUGUAUUAUUAGGGUGGUUGUUCUGUAAAGGGCCAUUGCCUUGGGGUACAAAUGAAGAGUUUCGUUGCAAAAUGUGCAUUUUGGAACAUUUCGGGACAUUGACAUUUUUGUACUGUGCGUUGCAUUGCAACAUGCAUUUUAUAUUGGUUUAAAAGUAUGUUGUCAGUAUGUGAAUGGCAAGAAUUCACACAUAAGAUGCUAGGAUGUCUGAACAGACCUUUCCAAUAAUAAAAUACAAAAGUCAAACAAUGGCACUUGUGUCAUUUUGCAACAAAACUCUUCAAAUGUUGCACCCUCCCUCCUGUCCAGAGCAGAGCAUGUUGGGCAGUCAUGUUUGUAACUGGACUGCUCACUGAUAAUCAAGGGACCUAUUUAACUUAUUUAUUUGUCUUACACUGAUCAUUUUUUUCCACUCUUCUCAUUUUUUCUUAAACCACCUUUGUCUCUUUGCGUAAGCGACACAAGAAAACACCCUCGCUGUGAUGGGAUUAUUAGUUUUCAUACGUCAGAUUUCCAUGUUAUCUUUCCAGCUUGUGUGGUUUUCUUGAUGUCAUUUGAGUUUUGUCAGUGUUUGGUUCGCGGUUUCUUUGACGUAGGUCAAUCAAAUUAGAGUGCCAGUGGAUGUUUGAUUUAUAUGUGUGCAUCAUUAAAACAAUCUAAAAAAGAAA